AGUCGUGCUCUCCCUAACCAUCAACCCUUCUCCUCUUCCACGAAACUUCUCUGCAUACCCAUGGCCAUGGAGCAAGAAAUUAACUGCCUAAUAUUUGGUGAGCUCUUGUUUUUUUUUGUGGGUGUCAAGUUUCUCACGACUGAAAAUACUGCAGAUCUCGACCACACGUUGUAUCCCAAGUCGUCCGGCAUUUCCCCCUAGUGGGGAAAACUAUUGAAGCUUACAUGAAUCAGAAGUUAGGAAUGGAGAUGAACAAAGUGGCCAGUCUAUGCUCGCUCCUAUACAUAAACUAUGGAACAACUCUUGCUAGCCUCCUGGCUAUCGGAUACCAAAUAGACUAUGAUGACUUUCAUAGAGGACUGCCAUACGACAAGAUCAAGCCCGACCCAGUUCUCAAGAACAUGCUGCAGAGCAUGCGCGUCCGCAAGCUGCUAUGUUGCCAUGCCCAACAAUUCUGAACAACAUACAUGCAUGCAUCUCAGAUAUUCACCAACAACAUGCAUGCAUGCUCUCUCUCAGAUAUUCACCAAUAGCGACAUGGACCAUACCAAGAUAUUCCUCGAGAGGCUGGGUCUCAAGGACUGCUUUACCAACGGUAUUAUCUGCUUCGAAACACUGAACAAGCCAUACCUGCGGCUACCGAGGGACAAUGCCGUGACACCUACCAUCUUCGACAUAGACGGUCACAAUGCCCGUUCAGGUGGCAAGCUGCCUAAGACCCCCGUGCUGUGCAAGCCAAACACCACAGCCAUGAAGGAUGCACUAAACAAGUUCAACGUCGACCCUUCCAAGGCGAUUUUCUUCGAUGACAGUGAGCGCAACAUCAAGGCUGGAAAAGAUAUCGGUAUGCGCAUAGUGCUGAUUGGCAAGUCCAACCGUGUGGACGGUGCAGAUCAUGCUGUCCCAAGCAUCCAUAACAUCAAUGUGCUGCUGCCGGAGCUACUGUGAGAGGAGACCAACAAAACCUCUACUCUGAUAUAUAUACAGAGUAGUAGGGAGAGUAAAAAUGGCACGAGGAUUAUCUUGUUCAGUGUUUCGAAGCCGAUAAUACCGCCGGUAAAGCAGUCCUUGAGACCCAGCCUCUCGAGCAUUAUCUUGGUAUGGUCCAUGUCGCUGUUGGUGAAUAUCUAAGAGAGA